AGUAUUUGCGUGUCACGUGACUGCAGUUGAAGAUGCUGGCGAUUUGUUGUCAGCGGCUCUUGAAGCGCUGCAGUCGGUUACGAGGAUGUGUUCCGCUAUUAACAGUUACUGUUUUGUUGCAGCGUGAUAUGAUGCAUUUUGUGCCCGUCAGUCACAGACACAUAACGGAGUAACGGUAACAGGGAAAAGAUGUCCGGUUUCAGCUCGGAGCUCAUAGACUACCUGGAGGGGAGGAUAACUUUUGAGGAGUUUGACCAGCGGAGGGAUGAGCGCAAAGCCAAGGAGUCGGAGGUAUCAGCUGAACCUGUGGAGGAGGAUGCUGCUCAGCCCUCUACAUCUGCACACGUCCCGGGGACCAUCGAGGAGGGAGUCAGCCCGGGGGUCCAGCAGGCCUUUGCCUCCAUGCUGGGAGACAAGCCGGAACCACCGUCUUCAGACGAGCAGCAGGAGGAGGGAGAGGAGGACGGCUUUAGCUACGUGGAUGAUGAAGAGGAUGAGGACUACAAGGCGGAGGAAGAGCAAAAAGUGAGGCUGGAGAUGGAGGAGACGGAGAAGAGGCGGAAGCGGCGGGGGAAAGGAGGAAGAGGACGGAGGAACAGGAAACAGAGAGAGCUGGAGGAAGAGGAGGACGCGGAGGAGGAUCCGACGGUGGGGGACGUGUUUGCGCUGGAGAUGGAGCUGAACAGAGAAAACAAGAAGAUGAUGAGGGAGCGGCGGCAACGCAGCAAGCUGCCCCGAGCUCUGAGAGGCUUGAUGGGAGAAGCCAACAUCCGCUACGCUAGAGGAGAGAAAGAGGACGCCGUCUUGAUGUGUAUGGAGAUCAUAAGACAGGCUCCUUUGGCCUAUGAGCCUUUCUCCACAUUGGCCAUGAUCUACGAGGACGAUGAAGACAUGGACAAGGCGCUGCAGUUUGGUCUGAUCGCCGCCCACCUGAACCCUUCAGACUGUGAGGAGUGGAUCCGACUGGCAGAAAUGUCUCUGGAGCAGGACAACAUCCGACAGGCCAUUGUGUGCUACUCAAAAGCCAUCAAGUACGACCCCACUAACGUGCGCUACGUGUGGGAGCGCUCCAGCCUCCACAUGCGCCUGGGCGAGCACAGGCAGUGCAUGGACGGCUACCGCAGGAUCCUAUCACUGCUGCCCAUGGAGGACGGAGAGCACUUCAUGCAGCUCUCCAAAGACAUGGCCAAGAGUUACUAUGAGAGUAACGACUUGCCCUCAGCUCUGGGUGUAAUAGAGGAAGCUCUGGAGCGACACCCCGUCCUGGUCAGCGAUGACUUCAUCAACAUGGCAGCUGAGCUCCACAUCGCCAACCGCCAGUACAGCAAGGCACUGCAGGUCUUGGUCCAGUUUGCGGGUGUAGUUUUGGUGAAGGAUGAAUCCGAAUCAGUGUGUGAGGAACCAAGACAAGAAGAGAGGGUGGCAGAGGAAACGACUGAGGAAGAAGAGAAGAAGAACGAGGAAGACACAAAGACUGAAGAGGAAAUGGCUGUUAAAGAGGAGGGUGAAAUCAAAGAUGUCCAUGUACCAGACAGUGUCCCAGUGGACCUGAGGGCCAAGCUCACUGUCUGCCUCAUACACCUGCAUGUCGACACACCCCUGGAGGGGCUGGUGUCAUCGCUGAUGGAGCAGAGUCCAGAGGAGAUUGGUGACUUGUACCUGGACGUAGGUGAAGCCUACCUGGAGGAGGGCAAGUACAUGGCUGCUCUGCCGCUGCUGUCUGCCCUCGUCAUAUCCGAGAAGUACAACCUGGCUGUCGUCUGGCUCCGACACGCAGAGUGUCUGAAGGCGCUGGGCCACAUGGAGGCGGCGGCACAGAGCUACACUAAAGUGGUGGACAUGGCCCCGCAGCACCUGGAGGCUCGCCUCUCCCUGGCCACCCUGCAGCAGCAGCUGGGCCGGCCCGAGUGCGCCCUCAAGGCUCUGGAGUCCAUGUACGACAGCGAAACGCUGGCACAGGACUCGUCAGCGGCACAGAAGGAAUUAAAGCUGCUGCUGCAUCGUUCCACACUGCUGAAGACUCAGGGCCAGACACAGGACUACCUGGAUGCUAUGAUCACUAUGAUCUCCAUGCUGCUCAAGGUGGCCAUGCAGCGAGCGAAGGUGUGUGUGCGUUCUGUAACCGUGUCGGGUGUCAAUCACCUGAGACUGGCGAAGGCCAUCCUGCCAGAGAUCGCUGACCACGAAGCUGCCUAUCUGGACAACACUGGUAAAACCAACGUUAUGUCCAAAGAAGACUGGUGGCAGCUGCUGGUGAGCUGCGUGCUGACACUGUGCGAGGUGCGGCGCUACGAGGAGGCCGAGCUGCUGGUGGAGUCCGCCAUGGAGUUCUACUCCUUCUACGACAACAAGCCCCGGAGGAAGGAGAUGGAGUGCUUCGGCCUGUCCGCCACCAUCCUUGACCACAACUACUAUAAGGCCUACAACUACAUAAGAUUGAUGCUGAUGGAAAAUGUGGAUCGGCCUCAGCUGUGGAAUAUUUUCAACCAGCUGACCAUCACCUCCCAGCACCAGCGUCACCAUCGCUUCUGUCUGCGUCUGCUGUUAAAGUAUCCGGACAACCACGCUUUGGGUGUCCUGUGCGGACACAACGCCAUGGUGUCGGGGAGCUUCAAGCACGCUCUGGGCCAGUAUGUUCAGGCCUUCCAGACUCACCCCGAAACCCCACUCCACAGCCUGUGUGUGGGUCUCACCUUUUUCCACAUGGCAUCUCAAAAGUAUGUCGCCAAACGACAUACACUCGUGCUGCAGGGUUUUUCCUUUCUGUGGCGGUACGUGGACCUCCGUGGAGUGUGUCAGGAGAGCAUGUACAACCUGGGCAGGGCACUGCACCAGAUCGGCCUCACACAUUUGGCCAUACAUUACUACCAGACGGCACUUACACUGCCCGCUCAGAAACUGGAGGGUAUCCCCGAUGAUCAGCUGGAUCUGAGGAGGGAGAUCGCCUUCAACCUCUCUCUCAUCUACCAGGCCAGCGGGAACAUGGCGAUGGCCCACCAGCUAAUCAACACACACUGCGUUGUUUAAAAAAUGCACACGAACGCCUCAUCGUCAUCAUGUUGAGUUUUGAGACGACAUGCAAGUACUGUAAGGAGGACUAAAAACACCAUAUUCAAGAAUAUACAAAUAGAUAUUGUUUAUUAGACAAUAAAAAAUUAAUACAAAAAUAAGUGAAUGCAUUCGUGAAUCAAUACAUUUAUGUUGAUAACAAAUGAGCAAAUACCU